AUGAAGUACCUAGGGUUUCUCCUGGACGAUCGAUGGAGCUUUGUCAAACAUUUCAAUAAGUUAGCAUCACGAUUGGGCAAGAGAGCGGACGCCCUCAUGGGAUUGAUGCCCAACUUCCGGAGUCCGGGCACCAAUCCGAGGCGCGCAUACUUUCACGAGGUAAUGUCCAAAACGCUGUAUAGUGCCCCGGUCUGGUGUGAAAAGGUCUGGGUCAGCCGCAAAAUCCAACAAAACCUGCACACUGUGCAGAGGCGGCUGGACCGGAGAAUUGCGCGCGCCUACCGCAUUGUCUACAAAGCGGCGGUCAUGGUCCUGGCGGUCAUACCCACAGCAAAAUACAUGGCGGAAGCCAAAGCAAAAGUAUAA